UUUGUGUCCCCGCCCUCCCCCGGGGACCGCAGCGGGCUGAGGGGCUCUGCCAGUGUCAGAGCCCGGCGAGCGCUGGCAGUUCCGCGGCGGGGAUGCUGAGGAGCGCUGGGUCCGCGAGCAGCUCUGGCCACUGCGGACUUCCGAGGCCGUGAAAACCCCUGCGCCGCGGCCAAUCCCAGGUCCCCAAGGCCAUUCACCGUUCCAGAAGCUAGACUGGGGGAAGAGUCCAGCACAGCAGCGGCCGUUCUGCGAUUUCAGAGGGUUCUGGAACCCCGAGAGACACCCUGGGGUUCUAGAACCUCCCCAGCGGCUCCCAGUCCCGGCUUCCUGCGUGCGUCCGUCCAGAACCCCCUCCGGUGCACGGGUCGUCGGCGAGCCGCGGCUGGGUCCUGGCGCACAAGAUGAUCGUUGCGGACUCUGAGUGCCGCGCGGAGCUCAAGGGCUACCUGCCGUUCGCCCCGGGAGGCGUCGGCGGCCAGGGGCCAGGAGAGGAGCAGAGAGAGAGCCGGGCUCGGCGAAGUCCUCGAGGACCCAGUGCCUUCAUCCCAGUGGAGGAGGUCCUUCGGGAGGGGACUGAGAGCCUCGAGCAGCACCUAGGGCUGGAGGCACUGAUGUCCUCAGGACGGGUGGACAAUCUGGCAGUGGUGAUGGGCCUGCACCCUGACUACCUUAACAGUUUUUGGCGCCUGCACUACCUGCUGCUACAUACUGAUGGCCCCUUGGCCAGCUCUUGGCGCCACUACAUUGCCAUCAUGGCUGCUGCCCGCCACCAGUGUUCUUACCUGGUGGGGUCCCACAUGGCUGAGUUUCUACAGACUGGUGGUGACCCUGAAUGGCUGCUGGGCCUCCACCGGGUCCCUGAGAAGCUGCGCAAACUCAGUGAGAUCAACAAGUUGCUGGCACAUCGGCCAUGGCUCAUCACCAAGGAGCACAUUCAGGCCUUGUUGAAGACAGGCGAGCACAGCUGGUCUCUGGCCGAACUCAUUCAGGCCCUGGUCCUGCUCACCCACUGCCACUCACUGGCCUCCUUUGUGUUUGGCUGUGGCAUCCUCCCAGAGGGGGACCCAGAGGGCAGCCCUGCCCCACAGGCACCAUCGCCCCCCAGUGAGCAAAGCAGCCCCCCCAGCAGGGACCCAUUGAACAACUCUGGGGGCUUUGAGGCUGCCCGCGACGUGGAGGCCCUGAUGGAACGCAUGAGGCAGCUGCAGGAGAGCUUGCUGCGGGACGAGGGAGCAUCCCAGGAGGAGAUGGAAAACCGCUUUGAGAUUGAGAAGUCAGAGAGCCUGCUGGUAACCCCCUCAGCUGACAUCCUGGAACCCACUCCACACCCAGACAUGCUGUGCUUUGUGGAAGACCCCACUUUUGGAUAUGAGGACUUCACCCGGCGAGGGACUCAGGCGCCCCCAACCUUCCGUGCCCAGGAUUAUACCUGGGAAGACCAUGGCUAUUCAUUGAUCCAGAGGCUCUAUCCUGAGGGUGGGCAGCUGUUGGACGAGAAGUUCCAGGCAGCCUAUAGCCUCACCUACAACACCAUGGCCAUGCACAGCGGUGUGGACACCUCCAUGCUCCGAAGGGCCAUCUGGAACUACAUCCACUGUGUCUUUGGCAUCAGAUAUGAUGACUACGAUUAUGGGGAGGUGAACCAGCUCCUGGAGCGGAAUCUCAAGGUCUAUAUCAAGACGGUGGCCUGCUACCCAGAGAAGACCACUCGAAGAAUGUACAACCUUUUCUGGAAGCACUUCCGCCACUCAGAGAAGGUCCACGUGAACUUGCUGCUCCUGGAGGCCCGCAUGCAAGCCGCUCUCCUCUAUGCCCUCCGUGCCAUCACCCGCUACAUGACUUGACUCCCUGUCAUGCAGGACCUGGCCUGGAGCUGCUGACCCUUGGGGCAUCCUCUUCCCUGCAAGGACUUCUCUGUCUGGAAACAGACACAGACCCCUUUGUGUCCCAUGCCCACCAGUCCACUCUGGCAUGGGCUUGUAUGUAAUGUGCAGCCCCCAAGCCACACCCUCCUUUUUCUCACUGGAAUAGACAGGAUCAUUGCACUGACUGGGAGCUAGAAGAGGACUAGGAGAUCCCAAAGGGCCACACCCUUCCUCCUCCCCCUGCCCCCAGAGGCAGAGAGAUCAUAGGAAGGAAAAUAGACUUGAGUUUGGACUUACAUGCUACAGUACUGUGACCUUCCUGGACUUGGAAGUCCUUGGCUGGUCCCCAAGAGAGAGGAGCAAACAGCUCCAGGGACUGACACUCCAGGCAGCUUUGCCUUCCCUCCCUUCUCAUUUCCAGAUUUCAUUACCUCCCACUUACCAUUCACCCAUCAAUGUGAAAGUCAAGGUCACAGCUGGUCUGUGUAUCCAGUUCCCCAGAAGUCUGUUCUGUUGGGUGGCUUGUGGGCCCCUCGUUCCCUGGUUGCCCAGGACCUAGUUCAGUUCUUUGGACUUCCUUCACCCUCAUCCUUUUCUCCGUGCCCAGUAGUAUGAGUCCUUAGGAGAAGCUCAAGUACAUCAAACAAGAUUGUCUUUAGAGAGUUUGAGCCUCUGUUGGUCACUUGGCUGUCUGAAGAGGAAGGAGUAAUUUCUCUAUUUUGGUCCUUAAAUGGUAGAAGUUCAAACCUCUUCAGGGCCUCACCCCUGGAGCUGCAGUCAGCGUGAAAGGAGAGAGAGAAUCCUGUUCUCCCACCACACCUGCCAUGCAGAGGCUGGCACCCCACUCUCCUUGCUCCAGGGGCUGUGCUGCAGAUGUUUGCCAAAAAAUUGAGCCUUUUUUUAGGUGGCUUAGUUAGGACUGUGGCUCAGCAGGAGACACCAGGGUUCUUGUGGGGGACCCUGCCACUAGCCAAGUGACCAUAGCUACAUUGCCAAACCUUUUGGACCACCACAGUUGCAGACUGUAGGGUGUGUUUUAAGUUUCUACAAUGUCUGAUGCUGUCCCCUGGAUUCUCAACCUGCCAACAGCACGCAGAUUUUCUAGCAAGAUCUUAAAGGCCUCUGGGACGCCCACUCCCAACUCCUGCAGUUAGUCUCUCCCAAGGACCCCCACCCCUACCCCUUCUCCCUCUGUCCCCUCUCCUGGAUUUUUAAGUGGAUUGCUUGGAGGCAGAAGCAACCAAGAACUGAUCCAGGCACCUUCUGUAGCAAAUAACUGUGAAUGAUGACGUCUCUUACCUGUAUUCUAGCAGUCUGUGCCUCUCUGACCAGUCUGGAAGGGACUGAGGAUAGGCCAGAACCAUGCUGCUGCUACUCUUGUUCCUGUCCCUCCUCUCUGGGCAGGCAGGAGAGGAGCCCAGCCAGCAUCCCACAUCUCACACCCGUGCAGGCACGGAGAAGCAACUGGCACCCCCUUCAGGCCUGAAAGCCUUCUCUGUAACCUGUGCAGGACAGAAGGGGCCUCAGCACCUUGGGGUUGGGUUCUAGAGGGGACAUGAAGCCUCUGUCAAUGUCUCCUGGGAGGGUGGGGAGAGGUGUUCAGUGUUCAAGUGCAGAAAUCUUUGGCUUUAUUACCGGUUCCAUAUGAUGAGAAAUAAACAUUUGCUGAGGUUUUGUUU